CAACGUGCGGUGUCAUCCUCCCUCCCCCCACCCCACCCCGCUCCGUCAUCCUCCCUCGGUUUCCCUUCUAUCUGCCCUCCGAAUCCCGCUCGUGAACCCUAGACACCCUCCGUCGAGAUCUCCAAAUCCCACUCUCGAACCCCGUGCCCCCGCCCCCGUCCGCCCCACAUCAUGCGAUGCCCCCGCCGCGAGAGCUCCCCUAGAUGGCAUGGAGCGCGUCGCCCAUGCGCCUGCCCUGACCCUGAUUGCACACUACCGCCGCUGGAUGUCCACGCGCUGGCCCUCUUCAUCUCGCUCGUGGUGGUCGUGGUGCAGACCUCGCUGAUCAUGGUGGAGCGGAGGGCGAAGAAGCGGAUGGUGUUCGUGAUGAACAAGCUCAUGUGGCUGGCGUGCCUCUUCAUCUCGGUGGCCUUCAUCGCGCUGACCUACGUGGUGGUGGGGCGCGACGACUGGUGGCUGGCCUGGUGCACCAUGGGCAUCGGCGCCGCGAUCAUGCUCACCACCCUCGGCUCCAUGUGCUACUGCAUCAUCGCGCACAGGCUGGAGGAGAAGAACACCAGGAAGAUCAGGAGGGCCUCCGCGAGCCAGUCCCGCGGCUCGUGGUCCCGAUCAGUCGACUCGGACGAGGAGAUACUUAACAGCGAGUACAAGACGAAGAUGUACGCGCUGUAGGAUGGAUAGCAAGUGUAACAUGACAGAUUCUUUUAUACAUACCAGUGCUUUGUUUCGCCAGAGGCUGCUCCAUGGCAUUCGGCUCGGGAUGUAGAGGUUGCGGCACCACAUCAGUCUUCUUCAACCAAAGGACUGAAGGCCCUUCCUGCGGAACCAAGUUCAAGUCACUUGACCGGUGUGCCUGUUCCUGGGGAGUGAGAGUCUGCUCAACUGUGUGGUUCUUAGCGCCUGAAACCAUCAAUGGGGAUGGAGAUAAUUCAGCUAGAAAUUUAGAAUAGAAUAAAGUGUCCGGUACAAAAUGCAUUGUGUCGUGCAGUAGAUAUGAUGAUCUUGUACACGAGGAUCUCAUCGGAGAGAGUGAUUUGUUGAACUCUUGUGGACAGUUUUUUC